AUGGAAAUCCUGUGGGAGGCUUUGGCCACAGUAAAAUCAUUUGAUUUAGGUGUAUCUCUGAACAGCGAUCAUGAAUCUUUACAUCAGAGUAUGCAACAAAUAGAUUUAGUCAACUCUCCAGCCACUACACCAAUAAGUCUUCUAGUCCAAUCUCUUGUCAAGCAACUUUGUUCAUUACUAGAAAAAGACAUGUCUAAGGCAAACCAUCUCUACAACACUAUUUGUGAGAAAUUACAUAGCAUGAAACUCAUAGAUGAUUCAUAUGCUAUGGGAGAAUUUGAAGCUAUGAGGAGCCAGUAUCAGCGAGCUCUUUACCAACUGGUAUCAAUAGCAAGUGGUUCUGAAAUACCUCUAACUUUACCAGCUACAUGGCCUAUUACAAGAUCUGGUCUAGAAUGGUCCCGAUAUCACAAAGAAUUUGAAGAACUCUACUUUAUUGCUAGAGGUGGUUUUGGUACUGUAUUUAAAGCACGCCACAGAUUGGACGGAGUUGAAUAUGCUGUUAAGAAAGUAUUCAUCAAGUCUUCAGAUGUUGAUUCCAUUAUGUCUCAUCUUGCUGAAGUUAAAACUGUAGCUAGUCUUAACCAUCCAAAUAUAGUUAAUUACAAAGCAGCCUGGUUGGAACCUUUAAUAGAAUCAACUGUCAAAAAGAAACACAAAUACUUCAUGGAUACAGACAGUGAUGAAUCAAUAAAUUCAAACCGUGUUUCAUCAGUAUACUCAAAUUUAAUGAAGUCAUUUAAAACAUACAAUUCAAAAGAACUAACAAACAAACAUAGCCAGUCAGAUUUUGUUAUAUCUUUUGAAAACUCAAACGGUUUUGAAGAAGAUGCUUCAGAAGAAGAGAGUGAGAGUGAAGAGGAAUCAUCUACACCUGAUAAAAAUGUUAUAUGCAAAUUAUUGUCUUGCAAGGAGUAUGAAAAUUGUACACGGGUCAAUCUAAAGUGGGCAACACUAUAUAUUCAGAUGACUUUUUGUCAGCAGACUUUAAAACAGUGGUUGGAUGAGCGAAAUAGUCAUUUGAUUUUAUCCAGGAAGAACUCUGAUGAUUUGUGCCUUCAUCAUGCAGAUUCAAUUGAUUGCAGAAGUUAUGAAGGUCACCUAACUCCAGACAAAACAUACCCAGUAGCUUGCACAAAGCUCGACAUCUUAGUGGAAAUGUUUACUCAGCUUGUGAGAGGACUACAUUACAUACAUUCUCGAGGGAUUAUCCAUCAUGACAUUAAGCCAAGCAAUGUGUUUGUGGGUCAAAGUGAAAGUGGCUUACAGGUGCAGUUGGGAGAUUUUGGCUUAGCUUGUCCUCUUCAACAAUCACACAGUGGCUUAGCAUUAGGAACUCAUCUGUAUGCAGCACCAGAACAAUUAGAUGGGCAGUGUAAUCCUAAGAGUGACAUGUACUCUCUUGGUAUAAUACUUUUAGAGAUGGUGGAACCAUUUAGCACAGAUAUGGAGCGUGUUAAAACAAUAACAGAUCUGCGGAAAGGGCAAAUACCGGCUCAUCUCACUGCCAACUAUCCUAAAAUAGCACACAUUAUUGGUAAACUGGUACAAAGGAAACCAAGUAAGCGUCUGGACACAAACCAACUGCUAGAAGAACUUAGGAAUUUGUCAGAAAAUAAAGAUGAGAAAAUCAAGUCAUUAAAAGAAGAGUUAGCUGCAAAGGAUGACGAGAUUGCCAAAUUGAAGAUGAUGCUUGCAAAGUUAAAUUACCCUUCAUAA